UUCCUCCCAUAUAGGCCGCCGUCUCUGUUACUGAAGACUUUUGGUCUUUUUAAACUUUUUCCCAAAACAAACACUCAUACGCCCAGCCAUACCCAGGCCUCACACCCCGUCAUUCCCUCCGCAGCCAUGAGCCAGCCACCGCCGUAUAGUGCACUCGCCAGGCAGCCACGACCCAGACCAAUGCUAUUCUUGAUCUGUGCAGCAGGCUACAGCUUCAUCCAACGCUACCCGCUGGCGCUGGCACGACUGGCACACUGGGCCCGCCUGGUGUGCGUGAGGAGCGAGAGCGAGCUCAUCGCGAAGUGGAACCUGUGGAUCGCGAACCCAGCGUACCGGAUCUCAGGCUUCGUGCUGGUGGACGGGGCGAUCCUGGAGCCAGACCACCGACCUUUCAUGAACCUUCUGCACCGACUGCCGCAUAUGCUCAUACCGUACGACACACCGCGGCCGCCGGUUCCCAACCCUCGGUUCCAUUACGUCGUGGCGCUGGACGCGGCGAUAUGGGCCAGCAGCCAGCCGGAGCGAUUCCAGCAGUACCUGCGCAGCAAGUGGGACACAAUGUGGACGGUAAUGGCGGGGUUCACGGCGUCGGUGGUCGAGCUGACGCUGACGACCGACUGCCACCCGGGGCUGUCGGAGCUGUGGUUUAAGGAGCCGCUGGAGUCGCGGGCCGUGUUUAUCACGGGUCCGCCGGCUCCCUUCCGCCGCACGUAUUCGAUCAUGUGGUCGCCGAACGAUGCGCUGUUGCGCUCGCGCGAGGAAGCCAGACGGGCGUAUGCGGACCGCGUCCGGUCCCCCUGCACGGGAUCCACGGCCCUGCCCUCCGCCGAUGGCAUCCUGUACCCCGAUGUCGAGCCCGGCCUCACCAACCGGCCUGACAGGCUCCCGCCGGAUAACCCGUGGUUGCGGCGGCGGCGCCGGCAGCGAGCGGCGGAGGAGAAGAGAAACCCGCGUCAUCACUUUGGAGUCGCCUAUCGAGUGUUGGAUUUUCCGGAACGAGUCAUAGCGUUCGUGGGGCUGCUCGAUGACCUCCCCGAGGUCGGGGCUUUAAUUCUGGAUGUCUGCGAGAUUACGAAUGGGAAUGCGGGCGCAAAUGCCGAGGCCUGGGCUUCGGACACAGACUCUGGCGAAGAGCAUGACGACGAUUACCUGCCGCGGCUGAUAUUGACGCUGGAGCCGGACGAGAUGGAUGGGGGGGAAGACUCGGAAGAGUGAGCUGUCUUGUCCAGUUAGAUGGAUUUAGUGGGCUGUGAUAGAGACCAGUGGGCAAGCGUGU